AUGAGUGAUAACGAAGGCAAUUAUACUUAUGAACUUUCUGAAGAACCUACGCCUCUUAAUCUUUUUGAAAACUAUACAUCUUUUAAACUUUCUGAAGAAUUUACAUCUUUUGAAUUUUCUGAAGAACCUACCUCUUCUUUAAAUUCAUCUUUUUUGGAUUCACACUUGAAAACACUCUCUAGUUGGAAUGAAAAAACUCAGGAAGAAGCUAAGGCUGAAUUAACAUAUCAAUUUGAAUUAUUAAUUGCUACAAAUUUAGAACAAAUAAUGGCAUCAAUAUUUGAAAUUUCAAAAAAUAAUGAAUUAGAAUAUUACUUGGAUCCUAUAUGA